GCGAGCGACUGCCAUCGCUAGUUUGGGCUCCCACAAAAUUGCUUUUCGCACUAAAAACCGCCCCAAAUUGUGUACAAUUUCCACAGAACCGGGAUUAGUAGGACAGAUCCCCUCAAGAAAUUGCCAUGUUGAGACCCCAGCCAUCGAUGCCUUUGCCACAACCGCCGGGAAAGCGGAAGAAGCCCGCGGAAUUGCAAUUAACCUGCGAAUGGCGCGGUUGCCAGGAGAUUUGCACGGGCGAAUGGAACCUCAAUAGUCACAUAGCCGAGCAUCUGGAGCAGUAUGCCCGGGAGCAGGAUAGUCGGGAGGAUGGCGACCACAAGGAGCACCAGUGCACAUGGAGCUCCUGCGACUUCAUUACUUCCAAUCUAGUGGAAUUCGAACGGCACUCGUAUUACCACGGCUACUACCUGCACCUCCUGCUGCAGGGCAAACUGGAGUGCGAUCUGCAUCCGGAAAUCCCCACCUGCACUGCUCCUCCGCGCCUGAUGGACAAGUUGCCUGUCCUUGGCCAGAAUUUUCGCUGUGGAUGGACGGAUUGCGAACGGGAGUUCGUUUCCAUCGUCGAGUUCCAAGAUCACAUUGUCAAGCACGCCCUCUUCGAGUACGACAUCCAAAAGACGCCGGAGGACGAGCGGCCCAAGACCAUGUGCAACUGGACGAUGUGCCACAAGCAUGGCAACAAGUACCGCCUCAUCGAGCACAUAAGCACCCACUCUAACAAGAAGCAGGUGGCCUGCUUCCACUGCGGGGAACUGUUCCGUACCAAGACCACGCUCUUCGAUCACCUGAGACGCCAGCCCGAGAACAACACGAACAGCUUUCAGUGCGCGCAGUGCUUCAAGUUCUUUGCCACCAAGAAGCUGCUGAAGAGCCACGUGGUGCGGCAUGUGAACUGCUACAAGUGCACCAUGUGCGACAUGACCUGCAGCUCGGCCAGCUCGCUGACCACCCACAUCCGCUACCGCCACCUCAAGGACAAGCCACUGAAGUGCAGCGAGUGCGACACGCGCUGCGUCCGGGAAUCGGACCUGGCCAAGCACGUCCAGAUCGUCCACUCGAAGACGGUGCACCAGUGCGAGCAUCCCGACUGCCACUACUCCGUGCGCACCUACACGCAGAUGCGAAGGCAUUUCUUAGAGGUUCACGGCAAUAAUCCCAUCCUCUACGCCUGCCACUGCUGCGAACGCUUCUUCAAAAGCGGCAAAUCCCUGUCCGCUCACCUGAUCAAAAAGCACGGCUUCCGGCUGCCAUCGGGACACAAAAGAUUCACCUACCGGGUGGACGAGAACGGAUUCUAUCGCCUGGAGACGACGCGCAUCGAAAGCUUGGAGGUUACGCAGCAGAUACUGUCGCCGCAGGUGAAUGUCUCGCUGGAGAUCGAUCUGAAACCGGGCACAGGGACCUGUUACGAGAUCGUGGAUCCCACAAACACCGAAUUCGAGCGCAUCAUCGUCUCGAAUGAUCCGCACGAGGCGCAGCUGAUGGGCGAAGUGAUCAUCUCGCUGCCCAGCUUAACGGAGGAGCUGUGAGGAAUGGAGGUGGACGGAACCAACGGCAGCUAGCAGCCAAUACUUCUGAUCUCGUGUGCCCACUUACUAUUAAGCACUAGCAGUAAGACUUAAGUAGAAAGUAGAAAAAUGCGGCGACAUGUCAUAAGGCCCUUGAGCAUAAUGUCCAUGACAAGAUCAAUCAUAGUAUCUAAGGUCAAGGGGUAACACCACUUUAAGUAAUACGAAAAGUCGAUCGCCCUAAUAUAUUCAACUUCAGGUUCAUAAUUGCAUCUAUUGGAAACCGAAUUUUUAUAGAAAGUUAGUUUUAUAUUUUGUUUUUAGUCAUUUUGUUAUGUUUUGUUCGUCUGAUUUACAAAUUAACUAAAAAUUUUACAUUUCAAGCUGUUUUUUUUUAGGUUAAUGAAAGUCUUUUUUUUUAUACAAUUUCUGAAAAAAUUCAGUUUGUUUUCAAAGCCUUAGAUUGGUGUUUCCCCUUAACUCAAAACUUCCAUGGACCUUAUUUACAAUAUCUAUUAGGUCAUAAGGCCCAAAAUCCUUAUCGCCCAGAACUUUGUAGUUGUGUUCUCUACCAUUUAAAGGCAAUGCAAUUUACAUACGAAUGUAAAACCCAUAAACAUUUUCAAUGUUUAAGGAUGCUACAAUCAAGCCUUACGUGGGUUAGUAAAAAUAUUUAAAAAUUAAAAGUAAAAAACGACUUAUAUAAAAGGUGGGCGCUAUGUCGUCACUGCGAAAUGCAUUGAUUCUGUACAAUCAUAUCCCAAAACCAUUGUUUUAGAUUCUAUGUGCGUGCCUGCUCCUGUGUGUGAAAUGUUUGUGCGUGGUUUCAUUAUCCAUCCCAGGAUCGUGAUCCAUUUAUCAUUUAGUCCUAAGCGAUUUGACAGUUUCCAGUAGCAACUUUAUUGUUUAAGGUGUAUAGCAAAUAAAAAAACAAACCAAGCUCUAAAAAAAGCGGUCUGUUGUAUUUAAAUUUUACAUUUUGGGCAAACGAAACUCGUGGAGAAAUAAAAAUAUAAGGAGCAAUGCAUUAUUUUUUUAGUCAUUUAUAAUGUAAGCGAUAGGGGUUAUUAGUUUUCCUAAUAGAAGCUCUUAUGGAAAUUAGUUCGCAAUUUUAAAUUAAACUAUAGUUUGAUUGUGAUUGUAAGGAAAAGUUUAGCAUCAUUCAAAUUGUUAGAUCCAUGAAUCGCAAUAUGAAAAUUCAAAAGUAGUUGUUACUAAGGUUUCUUUGUUUAAAACACCUUAAUUUGUUUUACUUUCUAAUCGAAGACAUAUUACUUGUUAUUUUGCCUGUUUGAGGAAAACUUUUUAAGGUCCAGAAGGGAAUGUAUUGUAACCAGUUUGGGUUAUUAAAAAUAUAUUUAGUCUUAAUCAGGGACAUAAUUAUACAUCAUGCAUUGCUGAAGGCCACGGGUAACAAAACUAGAAAAAAAAUUCUUUAAAUAGUUGCGUUUGGAAUAAAAAUUUAGUUUAUAAGAUGAAAAUUAUUUCACCUAGUUUGGCAGUAACAACAAGACGCGGGAGCACUUACAUCUAGAACAGGGAUUCCAGAUAGGUGCCUCCCUUUUCUAAGGUAGGUGAUACUCCUUUUCACUCCAGAUCUAUGUGUCUAGAUUAAUUUUACCCAACCU